AUGGCAACUAAAAUUCCAACAGAAAUAUUAAUUAAAAUUUUAAAAAAUGUUCAAUCAUUUCGUUCAACUAAAGAUUUAUAUUCCUCAUUAUUAGUUAAUCGAAUAUGGUGUAAAGUUACUAUACCUAUACUUUGGGAAUUACCUUUGGGUCAAGAAUGUCAUGCAGAUGAUAAGGAGUUAAGGAAGAAAUCAUUAUGUAUUCGAACUUAUAUAUCAUAUCAAGAUUAUAAUAGCAACAGUAAUAAUAAUAAGAACGAAUCGAGAAUAUUAUUUCGUGAGAUGUGUAAAUUAAUAAUAAAUCGUUGCUCAUAUCUGAAUUAUUUUAAAUUGGCGAGAGUUACCAAAAAUUUUUCUAAAAAUUUUGAUAAUUAUAGUGAUUCGAUUGGUUCAAUUCUCAAGUUACCUGGUGCCCCGAAAGUAUUUAAAAAAUUAGAAACAUUUAUUUCAGAGGCGAAUGAUGAAUUGUAUAGACCUUUAUAUGGAUUAUUUACAUUGAUUUGUAAUAAUAUUUUGAAUAUGGAAUUGAAAAUUAAUUCAUAUUCAUAUGAUCAAGUGCAAUUAUUAGCAAAACUUAUUAUCGUUCAAAAAAGAUUGGAAAAUCUAACAAUUAUUGAUAAUAGGUAUACAGAUUGUAAUUUAUUAUUUUGGGCUAUCAUCAGCCAAAAAGAAAAAUUAAAGAGUCUUCGUUUAAAAAAAUUAUAUUAUAAUCGUUAUAUGGAGAAAUUACAACCAAUUGGGCAAUUUACUUCACUUCAAGAACUUUAUAUUGAAAAUUGUUAUGGAUUAUAUAAUUCUGAUUGUUUAUCAUUGGCUUCAUCAUUUACUCAAUUGAGUAGAUUUCAUUAUUUUCAUUCGAGUUAUUCAAAUAAGUGCCCUCAAAGAUUUAUUAUAAAAAUUCUCAAAACUGCCAAUAUAAAUUUAAGAAAUAUUUAUUUAGAAUUAUAUCCCGCAAUUACAUUUGAAACAUUUUCAGCAAUUUUAAAUUAUUGUACAAAGAUUAUCAAAUUAACUUUAUUAAAUCUACGUCCUGAACAAGUAAUAGAAAUAUUUAAUAAUAAUUUUAAUGAAUUAAGGAGAUUUUCAUUUGGUUGUGGAAAAGGAUUAGAUGCAAAUAAAUUAUUAUGUCAAAUGGCCAAAAAUGUACCAGAAUCACUUGAAACUAUUGAAAUUAGAAUGGGAAUAUUUAGUGCUAAUAGUUUAAGAAAAUUUUUUGAAGGUUGGUGUUGUUGUAAAGGAGGGGGAGAAAAUAAAAAGAUUAUUGUAAAACGUACAGUACAAACGUGGCUAACUUUAAGUGAUGAACAUUUUAAAGUUAUUGAAGAAUAUGGAGUUCAAUUUAAUAUAGAAGAAUGA